CUCAUGCUAAAAGCACCAUAUACAAUACAUACACACAAAAUAACCACUGAAGAAUCACCAAACAACUAAGGAAGAUGAUAGGUCCAGUUGUUGUUACUAAUGGGAACUUGAAUCGAAACGAUACCAGGGGAAAGACCAUUACUUGCAAAGCUGCCGUGGCAUAUGGUCCUGGAGAGCCCUUUGUGGUGGAACGUGUUCUUGUUCAUCCUCCUCAGAAAAUGGAGGUUCGAAUCAAGAUCCUCUUCACCACAAUCUGCCACACCGAUCUCAGUUCUUGGCAAGGCAAGAACGAGGCUCAACGUGCUUAUCCUCGAAUUUUCGGCCAUGAAGCUUGCGGGAUUGCGGAGAGUGUGGGAGAAGGUGUAAAUGACAUGAAAGAAGGGGACUUGGUGGUGCCAAUUUUCAAUGGGGAAUGUGGGGAUUGCAAAUAUUGCAAGUGCGAGAAGACCAACAUGUGUGAGAGAUUUGGGGUGGAUCCUAUGAAGAAGGUGAUGGCUAGUGAUGGUGCCACAAGGUUUUCUACAACAGAUGGAAAACCCAUCUUCCAUUUCUUGAACACUUCAACUUUCACAGAGUACACGGUGGUGGAUUCAGCAUGCGUUGUCAAGAUUGACGUUGAUGGCCAUGGUGACCUCAAUCCCUACAUUAAAAAACUUACCUUAGUUGUGGCGUAUCAACGGGUGUUGGGGCUGCUUGGAAUAUCGCUGAUGAGCAUUUUGGUUCAACUGUAGCUGUCUUUGGUUUAGGUACCGUGGGUCUUUCUGUACCUAUUGUAGUGUUAUUAAUUAAUGCCUAUUUUUGGUGGCUUGAACUUAGGUGGUGAAGUUAGAUGAUUUAAUCACUCACGAUCGAGUUUCAAAUCGAGGAGAUAAACAAGGCCUUUGAUCAUUUUACCGUCGGAAAGUCACUGAGAUGUCUUCUACACUUCUAAAAAAUUGUGUUUCAAAGUGUUUCUUUUUACUUCAAUAGUGUUUUAGACGUGAUGUAAGUAGACAUAAUUUAAAUUCAAGAUAAGCACUAUAUAUUUCAUACUUCAA